AUGAACUUCGCCGAUCGUCCAAACGACCCAACGCAGAAGCCUGUUCUAUCGGGUAGUAACUCAGCACAGACCAAUGCUAGAUUGUGCUUUUCCGCGGGGCGGGAGGACAUGCAGAUGGAGACGGCGCCCGAGGGUGCGGAUCAGGGAGAUCUUCCCAAGCAGGAGGCUCGCGCUAGCCCGCUGGAAAGCGUGCAUGGUUCGAGCAACUCUCUUCUAGAUAGCAUCAGGUCGCUGCAGAGUGUAAAGUCGUUUCAGAGAAGUCCCUCCCUCAAAGACCGGCUGCAGCAAGCUCUGGCAAAGAAGACCGGGCAAGUCUUGCCAAUUGUGGAUGGGAGAGCGGAGACCCCCCCGGCAAACCUCUCGCAGCGCUUGCAAGCGAUUGUGGGGAAACAAAGGCCGGUGCUCAAUGGCGCCGACAGGGGUUCCUUUGGGAUCAGAGAGCGCGGCCCCCAAGAAGCAGCGGCAGGCUUGAGACUGGACAAUGGUGGCCACGAAAUUGGCAAAUUAGAGGAAGUUGGAAGAAUGUCUGAUGGGAGGGAUGCUUUGGAAGGACAGGAUUCACCAAUCGGAUCGCCUGCCCGCAAAGAGUCUGCUCAUCAGCAAAGGAGCCCUGAGAAAAUCAGUUGGUUGCAGCAACCUCCGACUUCAAUCUCCAGCCCAAAUCGAAACUCGAACGCGGCACUUGGGACUUUGGAGGGAAACGUCCAUUCAAAUGGCACUAAAGAGCCUGACUUUGAGGCAUUGGCACGGCGGAUCAUUGACGAAAUGGAACAGGAGCAGCGAAGAGCUGGUAGGUUUUCAGAGGGGAGGCCUUCGAGGAAGCCCUCCAUUGGUUUCCCCCUGGGUGGGCAAAGCGCGAGUGCGCAGGACAUGAGGGAGCAACUAGGUGCGGGCGCCGGUCCAGAUCUCAACUUGCCUGCGGACUUAGCAGACAGUGGAGCUGGGAUGAGCCAGGCGCAGGGGCAAGAGCGAGAAUUCUCGGCACAAACGUCAAACAUGGAUGAUUCCGUGUUUCCGGGGGGAUCUGGGGUGACCCAGGAAGAGAUGGCAGUGUCGAACAUCCCCUUUGCAGCUGCAUCCCAGAAGCGCGCCUGGUCAGAAGCUCUAGGGGGUGAAACCCUAAAACCAUUCUCCGGUGGGGGUAUGCGACGUGCGCAGAUCGUCGAUCUUUCGUCGGACAGCAGCGAUGGAGAGGAGCCGAUUGGGGCGGACCGGGGGGCUCACGGGGGGUUCCACUUUGAGGGAAAGCACCCUUCUGAGGGGAAGAAGCGCGAGCUCCCCGAAUGGGCCGCUCCAGGCCGCCCUUCGAAGCGGCCGUCCUUUGGCCCCCGAGGAGGAAGCGCGCCCGGCGGAUUGGACCUACCUUUUGGGGCAGCUUUUGGUCGAGCCUUGUCGCCAGAGUCCGAGGGACACUCUUCGGACCCUUCGCAGGGGGGCCGAGGGAGAGUGCUUCCCAACUGGUACACUCAGCAGAGAGCUUUUGGCCGCUCGCAGUCGAUGCUGGAUAGGGAGGCGGCGAAAGCGCUAGCGGGGCCGCUGCGGGAAGCGGCGCUGGCACAUUCGGGACAGCAAGCAUCCCUGCACGCCCAAUACCAACAACAAGUGUUAGAGCACCAACGCCAACAGCAAGCGCACUUUCAGCGCCGCCUCCUCCCUCCCACACUGCACACGCACACGCUUGCCGCGGGGCCCAGCGUCCCCCGCGACAAUGACGUCGCUCUCCGGGGGGUCCUGGAGGGCAUGGCCGUGACUGGUCCGUCAGAGGAAGCGAACCCCCCAGAGGGGUCGAUGACGGUUCCGCUGCUGAAGCAUCAGAAGCUGGCCCUGUCGUGGAUGAAGAAGCGCGAGAGCGGGACGAUCAGUAACCAGCCGGUGGGCGGGAUACUUGCAGACGACCAGGGCCUGGGCAAGACCAUCACUACCAUCGCUCUUAUCAUGUCCAACAAGGCCCCGCCGCGGCCGAGCCACGAGCCCCUCCCCCCAGGCCCCGCCGAACGGGCCAGCCCCGCGCUGGCCGAGACGGUAAACCUGGACGAUUACAAGGAGGUGUUUGUGACGUCAGCAGAGGACGAGGACGACGAGCUUGUGGAGAUUGCUCCGGAACACGUGCAGCUGCGGCUGGAGUACCGGCCCGGGGGGGCAAGGGAAAGCAGUCAGCCUCGGGGUGACGUCAGGCGUGACGCCAGCGAGGAGGGCGGGGCGGAGCAAAUGCACAGCAAUGGAGAAAAGCCAAGAAGGGGUGGAGAAGAGGCCGAGGGUGGGGGGGCGGAAGCGGCGAACGGCGUGCUUCUGGCGGAGGGGGGCCGAGCGAGUUCGGAGGAAGCUGGGGAGGAACCGAUCGCGAGGCCGAGACAGAGAAAGGGGGUCGCAAAGGAGGAGGGGAAAGCGGCACAACCGGAGAGCUCUUCUGGGGGGGAGCCGAGAGACCCGCUCAGCAGGCGGGGGAGGCCCCCCGCUGGGACGCUGAUCGUGUGCCCUACCAGCGUAUUGCGGCAGUGGGCGAACGAGGUGCGGGAUAAAGUUUCACCGGGAGAGAGAUUGAAGCUGCUAAUCUACCAUGGGGUGGGGAGGACGAAGGAUCCGUAUGAGCUGGCCCAGUACGACAUCGUGUUGACCACGUAUGCCAUCGUCUCCAUGGAGGUCCCCAAGCAGCCCCUCCCCGAGUCCGAGGGGGGGGCCAGCAACGGCCUGGACAAAGCGAAGGACAAACCCCCCAAGAGCAAGUCAAAGAAGAAAGCCAAACCCCUGGGGGAAGACGAGGGGCUUCUGCCCCCUGGGUCGGGGCCCCUGGCGCGAGUCGCGUGGUUUCGCGUGGUGUUGGAUGAGGCGCAGAGUAUCAAGAAUGGGCGCACACAGGCGGCGCGGGCGGCGUGGAGUUUGAGGGCCAAGCGGCGGUGGUGUUUGAGCGGCACGCCGAUCCAGAACUCGAUUGACGACCUGUAUAGCUACUUCCGCUUCCUGCGCUUCUCCCCUUACGACGUCUUCAAGUCCUUCCGCUCGCUCGUCCGCGAGCCCAUCGCUCGUAACCCCGCCGUCGGGUACAGGCGCCUGCAGGUGAUCCUCAGCAUGAUCAUGAUGCGGCGCACGAAGCAGACGGUGAUCGAGGGCCGUCCGAUCAUCGACCUGCCCGCCCGGAUCGUGCGGCUGAGCCAGGCGGACUUCACGGCGGAGGAGCGCGGCUUCUACGACACGCUGGAGCGGGAGAGCCGCCAGAAGUUCAACGCGUUCCGGAGCGCCGGCACGUUGAACAAGAACUACGUCAACAUCCUGUGGAUGCUCCUGCGGCUGCGCCAGGCCUGCAACCACUGGUCGCUGGUGAAGGGCCUGGAGGGGGGCGACCACCACGACAGCAAGGAGGCCGAGGCGGUCGCCCGGAAGCUCCGCCCCGAGCUGCGGGCGGCCCUGCUCGCGGCGGCGGAGGGCCUCCAAAGCGCGUGCUCCUUGUGCCACGACGCACCAGAGGAGGCCGUCAUCUCCAAGUGCUGCCACGUGUUUUGCCGCCAGUGCAUUGCGGAACAGGUGAACAAUACGGACAACCUGGAACCGUACGCGUGUCCCGUCUGCAAGUCUCCCGUCACUCCAAAGGACGUCUUCAGCCCCGCCACACUGCGCAAAGUCGAGCGGGGUCAGAUUGACGGUCCAGAUCCUGCCACGUCAACAGCGGAGGCUUCCCAAGCGUCCCCUGCCGUCCGAUCGUCGUCCAAGAUCAACAACAUGAUCCGAAUCCUUUCCGAGCUGCCAAAGCGGGUCGUGAGUGUGUCGCGAGAGACGGGGGAGAUUGUGGGCGACCACAAGGGGGGCAUUGGGGCGGUGGAGUCUCCGGAAGAGGAGGGCGCGGGGACGUACGUGCGGGAGACCACGGAAAAGGCAAUCAUCUUCUCGCAGUGGACGAGCAUGCUGAACUUGUUGGAGGGCCCCCUUCAGCACGCGGGCUUCCAAUACCGCCGCCUCGACGGAACGAUGACCGUGCAGGCGAGGGACCGAGCGAUUAGCGACUUCACCAAGCGGCCCGAGGUGACCGUGAUGAUCAUGUCGCUUAAGGCGGCCAGUUUGGGCCUCAACCUAGUUGCGGCGUCGCACGUGCUGCUGCUCGACGUGUGGUGGAACCCGACGACGGAGGACCAGGCGAUUGACCGCGCGCACCGAAUCGGACAGACGCGGACGGUCAACGUGUCGCGCCUCGCCGUCCGAGCGACCGUCGAGGACAGGAUCCUCGCGCUCCAGGAGAAGAAGCGCCAAAUUGUCGCUUCAGCUUUUGGCGAGCAGGAGGGUGGAGGGACGGCAAGGCUGUCAGCGGAAGAUUUGGCGUUCCUUUUCCGGUCCCAGUAGACGUUAAGUGGGCAAUGUGCAUUAUGGAUAAACCCCUCCAAGAGAUAUACUGGUAUCCAGGGUGCUAGAGCUUGCACGCUGUGUUGGAAGAAGCAACUUCGAGUCGACCAGAAGGGCUCUUCUUGUCUAAUAACCUACCUUGUGCUUCGAAGACUAGCACCUUGUCACUCCUCUUUGAUGUAUGUUGCAAACGAUGUUCGAUUAUUAAGUCCUAAUAUGGAAGUCAGGCUAGGACACACACAUCAGAGCCAAGCCUUUGAAGUGCAUGGCACUCUUUCUUUGC